AUGAAAAGCAACGAUGAGACGGCGAAACGAGAUUCGACGGAGGUGGAAUCUGACUCUUCUGUCUCUAAAAAACAGGAGAUCGAAGAUGAAGAUGAAGACGACACAGGCAUGGAAGACGAAGACGAAGUCGAUAGCAAUAACCCAUACUUAUGGAGUGCCGACGAAGAAGACGAUGACUCUCCGACAAUCAACUAUUCAAACUUGCAAGAUCCGGAACCGGAGUGGGACAAGGACAGUUACGACGACCACGAAUUGGUAUUCGAUGCUGACGGCCGUAAAGGUUUCUCCAGCGACAAGGCGUAUGCAGAGUUCCGCGAGUAUAAAACCAUGUGCUUUAAGAAUAGGGGGUUUAUAGAUGAUCCAUUCAGAUCCAUCUACCCCAUUAGAGAUCUGGACGAUCUCUGGACAACCACGACUAAUAGGCAAUAUUUGACAGAUAUUGCUUCCCUCUGUGUUAAGAAACUCAACGAGCAGAAUGGUUCGUCUGUGGAAGUUGUAAGCAUUGUGAGAGGCAAUCUUAAACCAGGAGGUGGGUGGAAGCUUUACAUCACCUUUAUGGCUCGAGAGUAUCCUAAUGGUCCUCCCGUGGAGUAUCAAGCCAAGGCCAUGGAUUUUGCAGGAAACAAAAUACCUCCAUUUCCCAUUCUCUGUAGACCAGCCUCUAGCAUGCUCUAA